CUCGAGUGUGUACAUACCUAUCUGUAUUAUGUAGUCCAUAAUCGCUGCCUGAAAGGAUCCAAAUCCGGCAAUUGCGUCAAUCCACCGCCCUGUCUGCCUGGCGGUGCACACAUGCAUGCAUCUCUGUAGGAUCUUGAAAAGACAAUCAUCUAUAUCACAUCGACCCAAAAUUGAUUAGACGUGAAGAACUACUCGUCAGAAAAGACGAAAAAGACUUAAUGAAUUCGACCCACAACAGAGGGGAAAACAAUUCUGUUUGCAACAGAGCGAGCGCUGCUGUUCUCUAACAAUAGAGAGCGAGUGGUGGUACACUCAAAGACUGCAGCCUGAGCUACGCCCGUUCGGGCUUCGCGACCUGUAAUUCACCGUCGUUCGUUGGCGCAGCAGGCAGGCAGUCCCGCUCUCACCUUGCGGUUGUUCGCCGCUUGCUUUCCUCCUUCACCACAAGCACGCACCUGCAAACGCUCAGCCACAUAUAUAUAGUCGAGCUGCCCGCCCUCCACGUCCGUCUCCAUUAUCUUCACACCACCGUAACCACCCACACCGUCAACCCAUACUCGAUUCCCGUCCCACCCCGCACCACCUUGUCCACCGCUCCUACAGACACCAUCCACAUUUCCAUCACACACAAUGGCCGAAGAAGCUAAGACUGUCACCCUCCAAACCAGCGACAACCAAAAUAUCAAGGUUGAUCGCGAGGUCGCCGAGCGGUCAAUCCUGAUCAAGAACUUGCUCGAGGAUCUUGGUGGUGAGAGCGGGGAAGAGAUCCCCAUCCCCAACGUCAAUGAGGCCGUCAUGAAGAAGGUCCUCGAGUGGUGCGAGCACCACCGCAAGGACCCCCCUGCUUCCCAAGAUGACGACUCGGACUCGCGCAAGAAGUCCACCGAUAUCGAUGAGUGGGACCAGAAGUUCAUGCAAGUGGACCAGGAGAUGCUGUUCGAGAUCAUCCUCGCCGCCAACUACCUCGAUAUCAAGGCCCUCCUCGAUGUCGGUUGCAAGACUGUAGCCAACAUGAUCAAGGGCAAGUCCCCCGACGAGAUCCGCAAGACGUUUAACAUCCAGAACGACUUCACCCCAGAGGAGGAGGACCAGAUUCGCCGGGAGAACGAGUGGGCCGAGGACCGCUAA